AUGGAGGCGCUGAUCUUGGAACCCUCCCUGUAUACUGUCAAGGCCAUCCUGAUCCUGGACAAUGAUGGAGAUCGACUUCUUGCCAAGUACUAUGACGACACCUACCCCAGUGUCAAGGAGCAAAAGGCCUUUGAGAAGAACAUUUUCAACAAGACUCAUCGGACUGACAGUGAAAUCGCCCUCUUGGAAGGCCUGACAGUAGUGUACAAAAGCAGUAUUGAUCUCUAUUUCUAUGUGAUUGGCAGCUCCUAUGAAAAUGAGCUGAUGCUCAUGGCUGUUCUGAACUGCCUCUUUGACUCAUUGAGCCAGAUGCUGAGGAAAAAUGUAGAGAAGCGAGCUCUGCUGGAGAACAUGGAGGGGCUCUUCUUGGCAGUGGAUGAAAUCGUAGAUGGAGGGGUGAUCCUAGAGAGCGAUCCCCAGCAAGUGGUACACCGAGUGGCAUUAAGGGGUGAAGAUGUCCCCCUUACCGAGCAGACCGUGUCUCAGGUGCUGCAGUCAGCCAAAGAACAGAUCAAGUGGUCACUUCUUCGGUGA